AUGGCGGAUGGGCCUUUUGAUUUCGAGAAAAUCCUUCGUCAUGUUAUCAAGAAGCGAGAAGAAACAGAACUGAAGGGCAGGGAGCUCGGGGUUAUGUUCAAAGACCUGACAGUGAAGGGUCUGGGAGCAUCCGUCUCAUAUCAGUCGACCCUUGGCUCUGUGCUUAAUCCUCUCAACGUACUCGACACGCUCCAGAGGCUUCGUCAUCCUCCCGUGCGCAACAUCCUUAGCGGCUUCGAAGGCGUGGUAUGUCCCGGUGAAAUGCUACUGGUCCUUGGCCGGCCAGGCUCCGGUUGCUCCACUUUCUUGAAAACCCUCGCAAAUCAGCGAGACGAGUACUACGCAGUCGAAGGGGAAGUGCACUAUGACUCUUUCUCGCCCGAGGACAUCAAGAGACAUUAUCGCGGCGACGUACGAUACUGCCCGGAAGACGAUAUACACUUCCCGACGCUUACCGUCGAGGAGACGUUAGCUUUUGCCUCGAAGACGAGGACGCCUAGAAGUCGCCUCGGAGGAAUGACCCGCGACGAGUAUACACAUGCCUUUGUCGAGGUGCUGCUAACUGUCUUUGGUCUACGGCAUGCCCGCAAGACACUAGUGGGUGACGCGAGUAUACGCGGCGUCAGCGGUGGCGAGAAGAAACGAGUAUCGAUUGCAGAAGCUCUCGCCACGAGAAGCUUACUGUGCGCAUGGGAUAACUCUACACGUGGUUUGGACUCUUCUACAGCUCUUGAGUUCGGCCGUGCCUUGCGCAUAGCCACCGAUAUUGCUCAUUUGACGACUAUCGUUUCUAUCUACCAAGCUGGAGAGUCCUUGUACCAGCUCUUCGAUAAAGUCUGCGUCAUUUACGAGGGGCGUAUGGUGUAUUUCGGACCUGCCAGUCAGGCUCGCCAGUAUUUUAUCGACAUGGGUUAUGAGCCUGCUCAUAGGCAGACAACAGCGGAUUUCCUCGUUGCAGUGACCGAUCCUCAAGGACGGACUGUACGGACCGACAUUUCCACACCCGUUCCCCGCACUGCAGCCGAGUUCGCAGAAUACUACAAGUCGAGCACAAUAGGUCGCGACAACGCCCAUGAUAUCGAGUACUACCGCUCCAAGUUUGUCGUUAAUCCAGAGCGAGCGGAGGCGUACAGGACUAGUGCACAUGCCGAGCGAGCACGUCAUGUGCAGGAGAAGAGCCCGUACAUUAUAUCGAUUCCUAUGCAAACUCGUGCGGUUAUGCUGCGGCGGGUCCAAAUCCUGAAGGGGAAUAUCGGGGCACAAGUGAUACAGAUCGCAUCGUACAUUAUCAAAGCCAUUAUCAUCGGCACCGUAUUCCUGAAGAUCCCGGAGUCAACAUCUGCUUUCUUUUCCCGUGGCGGUAUCCUCUUUUUUGCGAUGUUAUUCGCUGCAAUCAACUCGUUAUCGGAAAUCCCGGCCCUGUUCACUCAGCGCCCCAUUGUUCUUCGUCAUCACAAGGCAGCGAUGUAUCACCCUUACAUCGAAGCGCUGGCUUUGACACUGGUUGAUAUCCCCAUCACGUUCGUUACCUUACUCGUUUUCUGCAUGAUCCUCUAUCUCCUGGUCGGUCUUCAGAAGAGCGCCGGUCAAUUCUUCACGUUCUUUGUCUUUGUAUUCAUGAUGACGGUAACGAUGAAAUCUUGGUUCCGAGCGCUCGCAGCUGCCUUCAAGGAUCCGGCUCCUGCCCAAGCUGUUGCAGGGCUGGUAUUGAUGAUAACCACUCUUUACACUGGAUACACUGUUCCCAAGCGCGAUAUGAUCGGUGCCCUUAGGUGGAUCACUUACAUUGACCCUCUGCGAUACGGGUACGAAGGUAUCCUGACGAAUGAGUUCCGUACCGUGAGCGGCACUUGUGCUUCACUGGUACCACAGGGACCAGGAUACGAAGGAGUCUCAUUGGCCAACCAAGUCUGCACAACUGUUGGAUCACUUCCGGGACAGGCGAUGGUAGACGGCUCUCGUUAUGUAGCUCUCUCUUACGGUUAUUAUUUCCAUAACACAUGGCGUAACUUUGGCAUCGUCUGCGCUUUUGCGGUCGGGUUCAUCCUGAUUCUUCUGUUCAUGACCGAGAUAAACACGGCUUCAGCAGCUGACGCGGCAGUCACGCUCUUUGGGCGUGGGUCUAAGGCUAUGCAGCGUAAUGCAGACGACAGUGACGAAGAAAAAGCAUCGCAUACGCUAUCCGGAGCCGCCGAGAAGAGGGAGCAAAACGAUGACGGCCAAGAUGUACUACAUCGGGACUUCAGUAUGACCAACGUCUUCUCUUGGCAAGGCAUCGAAUAUACUGUUCCACUGUCUGGUGGUCAGCGACGGCUACUGGACAAUGUAUCUGGCUAUGUAGCUCCGGGAAGGUUGACCGCCUUGAUGGGUGAAUCCGGAGCGGGGAAGACUACUCUCUUGAACGUGCUAGCCCAGAGGACGACCGUCGGAGUCGUUCGAGGGGAGCGAUACGUGAAUGGCCAAGCUCUUCCUGCUGAUUUCCAGGCACAAACCGGUUACUGCCAGCAGAUGGACACUCACCUGGAGACGGCGACCGUGCGUGAGGCGUUGCAAUUCUCGGCCAGCUUGCGCCAGCCUCAGCAUGUCCCACGUGCGGAAAAGGAAGCAUGGGUCGAGCAGUGUCUGAAGAUGUGCGGCCUCUUGGCCUAUGCCGAUGCAGUCAUUGGCACUCUCUCGGUUGAACACCGCAAGAGGACGACCAUCGCUGUCGAACUUGCUGCUAAGCCGAAGCUACUGCUCUUCCUCGAUGAACCGACUUCUGGCUUAGACUCCCAGAGUGCUUGGGCGAUCGUCAUGUUCCUUCGCAAACUGGCAGAUAAUGGACAGGCUAUUCUAUGCACGAUACAUCAGCCCUCCGCCGAACUCUUCCAGGUCUUCGAUAGGCUCCUGCUUCUCCGUAAAGGUGGCCAGACCGUAUACUUUGGAGACCUGGGAAAGAAUGCCUCCACUCUUAUCACGUACUUCCAAACUCAUGGAGGCCGUCAAUGUCUGCCUGACGAGAAUCCUGCGGAGUAUAUGCUUGAUGUCAUCGGUGCUGGAGCCACUGCGACAAGUGAAUUGGACUGGCAUGACAUCUGGAAGCACUCCAAGGAAGCGGAAGAGGUGCAGAAGGAACUGGAAGAGAUUCACGCCGAGGGCAGGAAACGACCUGCAGUGCAGGCGGAGCUUCGUUCCCAAUUUUCAACGUCCUGGAUACACCAGAUGCUGCAGCUUACCCGGCGUGACCUUCAAACACAUUGGCGCAGUCCCACGUAUAUCAUGGCGAAGGUGCUCCUCAACAUCGUCGCAGGUCUCUUCAUAGGCUUCACUUUCUUCAAAUCCAAGAACACUCUACAAGGCACGCAAGAUAAGCUCUUCGCCGUGUAUAUGUCCCUCGUCAUGCCAGUUGCACUUUCGCAGCAGCUGCAGGUACCAUUCAUACACAUGCGGAAUAUUUACGAAGUGCGCGAGCGCCCUAGCCGCAUGUAUAGCUGGUCGGCUCUCUUGACCUCUCAGAUCCUGGCCGAGAUUCCGUGGAAUAUCAUCGGAUCCUCCCUUUUCUUCCUCUGCUGGUAUUGGACUGUGGGGUUCCCCAGCGACAGAGCUGGGUACACCUAUCUGAUGCUGGGGGUUGUCUUCCCGCUCUAUUACACCACCAUCGGCCAGGCUGUCGCAGCCAUGUCUGCCAAUACACAGAUAGCCGCUCUUAUUUUCGGGUUCCUGUUCUCAUUUGUUCUUAUUUUCAAUGGUGUCCUGCAACCAUAUCGUCAACUGGGAUGGUGGAGGUGGAUGUACCGCCUUUCGCCAUUCACAUACCUUAUUGAGGGUCUUUUGGGACAAGCGCUGGGAGAAACCUCUAUCGCUUGCAGUGACGUGGAAUACGUGACCUUGACGCCCCCCUCCGGUCUUACAUGCGGGGACUACAUGCGUCCCUUCAUAUCUUACGCCGGCGGAUAUCUUGUGGAUGCGAACGCCACCAGCAAUUGUCAAUUCUGCUCGUCCCGCACAGCUGACCAAUUACUGGGCAAUUUCUUCAACAUCGAGUAUGCUCAUCGAUGGAGGAAUUUCGGCUUGCUCCUCGCGUACAUUGCUUUCAACACUGCUGCUAUAUACUUCUUCACCUACAUAUUCCGUAUACGCUCCGGGAAUGUCUUGGGUGUUCUUCGAACACGUCUUUCCAAGGCCUCAUCGAGCUAAUUCUCCAUAAUAUCCAUCGCUCCUUCUGUCAUAGAGAACAUAGAGAACAUACAGUAUAGAGGUAGAAUGCAAGUAGAAUUUACGUAAUGUUUCUUUAGACGAUAGUAGAUACUCGCAUAGUUUUCAGUAUAUAGCAACUUCAAGGAGCGCCGCGAACUUUGAAGCCUCUAGACCCUUUUCUUCGCUAUUGCGC